AUGACGGCACUGCGUACGGUGAUGAUGCGCAAUGCCGCGCUUGCAGGGUCAAGCACGGUGCGUCCCAUGUGCACGUCUAUGCGCACCUUCAACAAGAAGGAGGAUCCCGAUUUUCAGGCGGGCGUGCCGGAAAGCAUGGGUGAAGGCUCUCGCGAUCUGGUCGCCGAGCAGGUCAACCGCAUCGGCGAGGCAGCGCCUAUGUCUGUCGUGAGCGGUGCACCCAACUCGCUCCAUCAGCGUGUUGUGCGUAUUUACAAACCGAAUAAGUCUGCGACUACCUCUGGCAAGGGCGGCACUCGAGAGUGGCGCGUAGACUUUGAUGCCCUAGCUGCGAGUGGCCGCUGGGAGAACCCGUUGAUGGGCUGGGCGAGCACUGCGGACCACCAGCAAGCUCUCAGCAUGAAGUUUGACGAAAAGGAGGACGCUGUCCACUUUUGCCAGAAACAGGGGUGGGAUUUCUUCAUCCAGGAGCCACACAAGGCACAUAUUCCGCCCAAGUCGUACUCUGAUAUUUUCAAGUACGCGCCGGGAAAGCUCCGCAUUUUCCAGACCAAGUAG